UGAUAGCGCUCGUGCGACUUUUUUCACACGAUAACAUUAUCAGUUAAUGAAAUGGUUAAAAUAAACGGCAAAAUAAGUUACAGAAUGUGUUGAUUAGAAGCAAAUCACUGAUGCAAUAAUAAAUAAGUUAACGAAUUUACAUUUUUUUAUAGGAAAAAUAAGAAAUUUCAAAUCAUCGAGAUGGCAAAAGGCAAGAGAGGCAUUCUAAAGGAGAUGGGAGUGGGAUAAUCCAGCUGUUCCCGCGAAGAAAAACUUCUCUGACCUGAUUGCAAACUUCCAGCAACAAUGAAUUCCACAAAUUCGACCCUUCUUGACUACCAGAAAGAUGAAAUAAACUUAUAUUAUGUAAUUUGUGAAGUUUUGGUGGCAGUGUUUGCGGUGAUCGGCAACGCCUUAGUGAUAUUCGUAUUUCGCAAAGAACGUCGACUGCGUCGAAGGACGAACUACUACAUCGUGUCCUUGGCGGCGGCUGAUUUUUUAGUGGGACUUUUGGGGAUUCCUUUUGCGAUCAUGUCUUCAGUUGGUUUACCAACAAAUCUCCACGCGUGUUUGUUUACGGUGUCGUUGCUUGUCGUUCUUUGCACUAUAUCGAUUUUUUGCCUGCUUGCUGUGUCGGUUGAUAGAUAUUGGGCCAUUUUGCAUCCGAUGGGAUAUUCAAGGAAUGUGAGAACAAAGACUGCCAUAGUGAUAAUCACAGUCUGCUGGGUCACCGGAAGCAUUGUCGGUUUCCUUCCUCUGAUGGGUUGGCAUAAAAGCGCCCCCUCGGACGGCAGAUGUUUCUUCCUAGGCGUCAUGGACUACAAUUAUUUGGUAUUUUUGUAUUUCGGUACCAUCAUAACCCCUGCUCUCCUCUUGGCGGCUUUCUACGCUCACAUAUACCAAGUCGUUCUCAAACAAUUAAGGCAAAUCGUCACAAUGAACCCCGAAAACGGCUCAUCUUCCAACAGUUGCUCAUCGGGAGGGACAAUGCUGCGAGUGCUCGGCGCUGCCCAAAAACGUGAAGUGAAAGCGACGCAAAACCUGGCCAUUAUAGUAUUAUUUUUCAUGAUUUGUUGGAUUCCCUUAUAUACCAUCAACUGCAUUUUAGCCUUCUGUAAUGACUGUAAAGUCGACUCAAAUUUUAUGUUUUCGUGCAUCAUUCUCUCUCAUUUAAACUCGGCCGGAAAUCCCCUCUUGUACGCCUACCAUUUGCGUGAUUUUCGCGCAGCUUUGAAAAAUUUCUUUUGCAAUUUGUUCGGUUAUAGCGAGGCCCAGGUAGUCCCAAACCACAAACGCACGUCAUAUAUUAAUUAUAGCAAUUGUAGAAACAACAGACUUUGUAACACAACAUAUAAUAACUCGCAGAUUUACUAUCGGAAAAAAUCUAUCGAUCACGUUUUAAUCCCGAAAAUCACCACCAUUGUUGCGGCCACUGCUGGAGAGCCGCCCAAUCAUGAAAUGUGGAACAUACCAGAGGCCUCUUCGAAUUCCAGCGACUCUUUGAAACACAACGAAAAAAUCUCGAUUGUAAAACCGGAAACUCCUUACCGAGUUAAAAGAAAUGACGUCAGUUUGAUUAACCAAGGGUAUGUUGAAACUUUGAGCCUUGACGAUGAUGACGUGUUCAUCGACGACACUUUUCCCUUCAAUGAGUUCAACUACGACGAACUCGAUACCAAUUUGACCGAGAAACUCAAACGAAAAGUUAAAGUCAAAAAGCUAUCAAAUUCCUCGCCGCAACUUUCUCGCAAUUUGUUUUUUGUGGAAGACAAUUGUAAAACUCGGUUUAUGAGGAGUUGCAGCUUGGUGGAAAAUGAAUUCAAAACGAAAGAAAUGAAAGCAAAUCGAAUUACUAGUUCGUUUAGAGAAGUGUUUAAAAACAAGCCCAAGUUGGAGAGGAGUUUGAGUGAUGAGGGAACAACUUCCAAUGAAUCGAUUCCACGUAAAUCUAACGGCAAUGUUGUUCGGAGUUCUUGUGGUAGUUAACUCAUAUUGUACAAAACGUAAUUUAUUACCUAUUUAUUGUGUGUAAUUUAAAGUGAACUGUCAAUUAUGUAUUUGUAAAUCACAAGUAGACUGAAAGAAGCGUAUCCCGUGUUCGGCAAGUAGACAGUCUGUGCUCGCUGUUAAUUCAUUUCAGUCAUUUGUUGUACCUUUUGCUUUGUAAGUAGGUAAAUGAUUUUGACUAUUUUCAAUAUCUUCACUUACUUACAAAAAUUAUUAUUAGUGUAAGUGUAUGUAUAUUUUGUAUGUAUUUUUCUGUAAAUAUAUUUAAUCAAAUUAU